UCUUCCCAUUCUCAGGUUCACCGUGUCAGUGCUCACCCCCCCCCCCAUUAAACAUACUCUGCUAAGCCUGAUUGACCCCCCCCCAGCCUCAUCCCCUUCACCAAGCAGUCAUGGCACUGUCGUCCCGGUUAAAGCUUUGGGAGCAGAAGAUUAAGGAGGAGAAGAAGCCCCCUUCUCUGCCAGUACAGCCCCCUCCCCCGCCUCUGUCAGCUGUGCCGGGGGGCUUCCUCAAGCAGCUCGUGAGGGAGACGGAGAAGGAAACACGCCUGAAAGAGCCAGAAGCCAAAGAGGAGCGGGCGCCCAGUAAACUCAGCAACGACCUCGUUCAGCAGUUCCUGCACCCUGACGAGACCCCGUCGAUCUUGGAGGCGGAGAUGGCACUCCGGGCAGAGCAGCUAGUGAACGGCGAGCGGGGCCGACUGGUAGCGGACAGAAAAGACCCCUCUAGAGCAGAAACGUACCCUAAUCCCAGAGUCUGCCCAGAGGGGAUGAAGGAGCAACACGAGAAAGAGGAGACGAAGGAGGCCGAGAAGGUGAGAGGAGGAAAAACUGAUGAGAGACAGGAGCCGGAGGGACGUCUCGCUGACAGCGACACAACUGAGCACGAGAGGAUGCCGAGGGCGGAUCCUCAGAAGGACGUGUGGUUUGAGGCCGGGAAGGUGUGGUUUGUUCACAAAGAUGGCUUCACCCUUGCCAUGCAGCUUAAGCCUGAUGAGGGAACACCGGAGCUGCCCAAUGGGAGGGUGCGAGUCCGGCUGGAGACCGAUGGAUCUGUCCAUGACGUCACAGAGUACGAGGUCGAGAAAGUGAACCCUUCUGAGCUGGACCUGCUGGAGGACCUGAGCAAUCUGCAGAGCGUCAACGAGCCCAGCGUCCUGCACGUGCUAAGCAGCCGCGCCCGCGCCCAGCUCCCGCUCACUCGCGCUGGGCCCGGCGUGCUGGUCCUGUGGCCGCCUUCCAGCCCUCAGAGCAAGGGCCCGCGGGGUCGCCGUAGCGAUGGGCCCUGGGAGGCGCCGUCCGUGCUCCAGGCCCUAGCGCGUCGGACUUACGUUUCCAUGGUGCGCCAGCGGCGAGACCAGAGUGUGGUGGCAUUGGGCAGAAGCGGCACGGGCAAGACCACCGCCUGCGUGUCCUUCAUGCAGGAGCUGCUGAAGCAGGCUGGCACUGCAGGGAGCAGCGUGACUGCUGAGAAGCUGCAGUCCGUAUUCACUGUGCUGCGCUCCUUCGGCUGCGUGAGCUCCCAGCACAGUGAGGCCUCAUCACGUGUGGCCGCCUUGCUCUCCAUCGACUUCAACCACGCUGGCCUGGCGGCGGGAGGACAGCUGCAGACCAUGCUGCUGGAGAAGUGGAGGGUGUGUCAGAGGCAGGAGGGCGAAAGCAACUUCCUGGUCUUCUCCCAGAUGUUGGCAGGACUCAAUGCGGAAAUGAGGACAGAGCUUCACCUGCACCAGCUGAGUGAGAGCAACUCGUUCGGUAUCGUCACACCGACAAAGGUAGAGGAGAGGCAGAAAGCAUCAGCUGCCUUCACAAAGCUGGUGGCUGCCAUGGAAUCACUGGACUUCUCAGCCAAUGAGCAACGAGCGAUUUGGCAUGUGCUGGCCGGAAUAUACCAUUUAGGGGCAGCAGGGGCCUGCAAAGUCGGUCGGCGGCAGUUUGUGAACUUCGACAGUGCCCAGCUGGCCAGCAGCGUCAUCGGCUGUGAGGGGGAGGAGCUUCAGACUGCAGUCUUCAAGCAUCACCUGCGGCAGUUAUUGCAAAAGGCCACCGGGGGCAGCAGAGGGAGGCACAUCCCCGAGGGCACAGAGGAGAGCGGUCCCAGGCUGAGCGCCUCUCAGUGCGUGGAAGGCAUGGCCAUCGGCCUGUAUGAGGAACUCUUCUCCACCGUCGUCUCCCUCAUCAACAGGUCACUAUGCUCCCAGCAGCUGACGUUGGCCUCCGUGAUGGUAGUGGACGCUCCCGGCCUGCGUAACCCCCGGCACGGAGGCGAGGAGAGGGCGGCAGGCUUUGCAGAGCUCUGCCACAAUUACCUUCAAGAGAGGCUCCUCGAGUAUCGUUACAACCACACGUUCACACACACAUUGGAGCAAUAUGUUCAGGAGAAAGUGCCGGUGGAUUUUGCAGCCCCUGAGUCCAGUCCUGCCCAAGUCGUCUCCGCUAUCGAUCAGCCAGUGCUGCAGCUGCGAGCAGCAGAGGAUGACCCUCGCGGGCUACUUUGGGUGCUAGACGAAGAGAUGAUCACCUCUGGCUCGACAGAAGCCAACAUUCUGCAGAGGGCAUGUCAGUAUUUCAGCGAGGCAGUCCGACAGUGUGAGCAGCCCCUUCAGUGUGAGAUUGCACACCAGCUGGGUACUGAUCCGAUCCGCUACGACGUGUCGGGCUGGUUCGGCAUGGUCCAGAACAACCCAUCUGUGCUCAGCGCUGCGUCGCUUCUUCAAAACUCUUCGAUUGGCGUGGUGAAGUCACUUUUUGGCCCCCGAGCCUCUGUGCCCCCUCUGUGUCAAGGCCUCGGGGGGGUUGAGGGGGGAUCCCAACGGUCACUGCAGAGGAGCGGGACCGUCAGAAAGACCCUCAGCGGGGGCCUGGCAGCCAUCCGGAGGCACUCCUCCAGUGUCUCUGUCAAACUGCAGGCGGACGCCCUCAUCAAUCUGAUUCGCCGCGCGAGCCCCACCUUCCUGCAGUGCUUCAGCGCGAAGACUGACGGCGGCGGGGGCUUGGACGUGCCCCCCCUGCGCUCCCAGCUGACCUCCGCCGGCGUCCUCCCCGCACUGCAGCUCCACCGCACAGGCUACCCGGACCACAUGUCCCUCAGUGACUUCCGCUGCCGAUUCCAGGCCUUGUCCCCCCCUGUCAUGAAGAGAUAUGGCUCGGUCUUCAUCACGCCGGACGAGAAGAAGGCGGUGGGGGAGCUGCUGAUAGACUUGGACAUGGACAGGAAGAGCAUCACUGUCGGAACCAGCAGGGUGUUUAUGAAGCGUGGGGUGAUGCUGUCCCUGGAGCAGCAGAGGGACCAGCUGGUGAGCGGCUGGCUAGUGCUGCUCCAGGCCUCCUGCAUGGGACACCAGGCCAGGCAGAAGUACCGCUGUAUGAAGGUGCAGCAGAUGGCUAUACGCUGUGUCCAGAGGAACCUGAGGGCCUCGUCCACUGUGCACAACUGGAGCUGGUGGAAGCUCCUCUGCAGGGUGCGCCCCCUGCUGGACAUCAACAUCGAUGACCAGCGCUUCCGUGCUAAAGAGGAUGAAAUGUCUGCUUUGAGAUGCCGCCUGGAGAAGUCUGAGAAGGAGAGGAACGAGCUACGACAGAGCAGUGAUAACCUGGAGACAAAGGUGACGGCGUUGUCCUCGGAGCUGAGUGACGAGCGGUUCAGGGGCGACGCUGUGAGCCAGGCCCUGGACAUGGAGCGAGCGGAGCGACUCCGCCUCUGCAAGGAGAACAAGGAGCUGCAGGGCCGCUUGGACCAGUGUAAGGUCACCAUUGACAGGCUGGAGAAGCAACUGGAGGAGGAGAAACAGCAGGCAAAGAGUGAGGAGGCACUCAGGGGCGGGGGUGCAGCAGAGAGUGAGUUGCUGCUGCAGUUAGAGUGCGCACAGACGGAGGUGGAAUUCCUGAGGAGGAGACUGCGGCAGGCGGAGGAGAGGCAGGAGGCUGAGCGGGAGGCCCGGGCCCAGCUGGAGAGCAAGGUAUCAGAGCUGCAGACCCAGCUGGAGCAGUCCAAGCGUAACCUGACUGAGCUGAAGCGGCAGUGUCGCCGCGUGACCUCUGACCUCCUGGAUGCCCAUGUGCUCACCGAGGCCCUGCAAGGCCGCGCGCACGAGAUGGACAGGAAACAGCGGAGGUUUGACAGUGAGCUGACGCAGGCCCUCGGGGGGGCUGACACUGAGAGGGAGCAGAAGGAGAAGGCCAUUCAGGAGAACAUAGCACUCAGCGCCGAGAUCUUAAGUCUGCAGCGCCAUCUGAAGGAAGUCCAGACGGAGGUGUCUGUCCUGCGGCAGCAGAAGGACGAGUUGUGCGCUCAGAUCCGAGACGCGACGGUGUCAUCGAACCUGAGCUCCGACUCCAUCCCCGGCCUCAAAAAGCAGCUGCGGGAGCUGGAGGUGCAGGAAAAGAAACAGGGAGAGGAGAUCUCCAAGCUCACUGCCAAUAUACAGUGGCAUGAGCAGAUGCACCUGCGCUGCGAAAUGGAGAUGGAGAGGAUGAAGCAGAUUCACCAGAAGGAGCUGGAGGACAAAGAGGAGGAGCUGGAAGACGUGCAGAAGUCAUCGCAGAGACGGCUGAGGCAGCUGGAGAUGCAGCUAGAGCAGGAGUAUGAGGAGAAGCAGAUGGUGCUCCAUGAGAAACACGACCUGGAGGGGCUGAUUGCCACGUUGUGUGAACAGGUGGGCCACAGAGAUUUCGAUGUAGAGAAGCGCCUGAGGAGGGACCUGAAACGCACUCACGCCCUUCUGAGCGACGCCCAGCUGCUGCUCUCCACCGUCGACACCCCAGGCCAGGGGGCCGCCAGCCGCGAGCAACUGGAACAUCUCAAGAUCCAGCUUGAGGAGAGUGAGACUCGGCGUGUGGAGGCUGAGAGCAUGCAGAAGACGCUGUCCAUGGAACUGGAGAACGCCCAGUUGGAGCUGGAGACCAUCUGCAAGCAUAAGGACCUGGUGGAUGAACAGCUAUCCCACCUGCAGCACGAGAAUGCAGACCUUCUGAAAAGAGUGGAGGAAGACCAGGAAGACCUCAAUGAGCUGAUGAAGAAGCACAAGGCUCUCAUAGCUCAGUCCUCCAGUGACAUAUCGCAGAUACGGGAGUUGCAGGCCGAGCUGGAGGAGGCCAGGAGGGAGAAGCAAAGACUGCAGGACGAGCUCCAGCAAAGCGUCACACGGCAGCAGAACUUGGAAGCCUCCACGGUGGCAAGGAGCAUCGUGAGUCUGCAGGAGGCGCGUGUCUGCGACCUGGAGAACAAGCUGGAGUAUCAGAGGGGCCAGAUCAAGAGGUUUGAGGUUCUGGUCCUGCGUCUUCGGGACAGCGUGGUGCGACUGGGCGAGGAGCUGGAGCAGGCGGCACAGACGGAGGCCCGCGAGCGCGAGAACGCCCACUACUACCAGCAGCGCCUGGCCGACAUGCGUCUGGAAAUGGAGGAGCUGAGUCUGCGUGAGCAGGACAGCAGCCGACGGUGCAUGGAGCUGGAGUUGCAUCUGGAGGAGGUCAGCUCAGCACAGCAGGCCCUGCAGGCGGAGCUGCAGACGUCCGCACGGCGCGUCGCCCAGCUGCAGGCCGCCCUGGAGGAGGUGGAGUCCAGCGACGAGAGUGACGGAGAGAGUGUACAGACAGCUGUCCAAGCCACUGCUAGAAAGAAAGAUCUUGACGCGGCGUCCAGCGUGGGGUCCCUGGGCACGGAGGACGCGGGUGAGGGAAUCCGCACUUGGCUGGGCGUGCCCCGCGGCCGGGCCGCCUCACCGUAUGGAGGCAGCAGUACCACCAGCAGCCUGGGGGGGCGGAUGUCUGUCACAGACACCAUGAGUACCUACAGCUUCCGGUCUUUCGCGUCAGAGCGGGAGGUGGACCAGACCUCGACAGGGCAGGGGGGGCGAGCAUCAUCCUCAUCCGCCCUGUCCGAGCUGCUGGAGGGGCUGCGUAAGAAGAGAGGGGGGUGGCAGCGGACAGCCGACCCAGGAGAGGACAGCACCGUAUCGCUGCCCAUCUACCAGACUACUGGAGCCUCUGCUCUGCGCCGAAGGUCCUCCGCCUUGUCCCUGCAGGAUGAGGACGACGCUGAGGGGCCCCGGCCCGGAAUCCUGAAGCCCACCAGCCCCCUGGUGCCCCGGGCCUCCAGCUUGCGCUCGUUAUCUGACGAGGUCACCGGCACGGCGAGCGGCAAACUGAGCCGUUUCGGCUCCUGCGAGUCCUUGGCGUCGUCUGUAACCUCUGCCGCUGCACUGAGCCGCCGCCGCUCCAACCCCUCUAUCCCCGAGGAAGAGGAGGAACGGUGUGCUCAAGCCCCCCCCGCUGCCCGCUCACCGCAGCUCAUCCACCGGCGCAUCCUAGGCAGCCUGGCGGCAUCCGAGGCCGGCGAGUUGGAACUGGGCGCCGAGCCGCUGGUCUUCCAGAACCGCCGCCUCCUCGGACACCUGGAGAAAGAGGAGCAGCUGGACGACACAGCGGCAGACGGCGCUUCGGACAUCCUGCCUGCCAUCCGCCGCGCCCGCUCCGUCAGCAGCCUGUCUGGGGCCAGCUCCGUCCGGGGUGGGGGCCGGCGCACCCUCAGCGUGCACUUUGGAGAGCUGCCCCCCUCCCGGACAGCCUCCCGCCGUGGCUCCGACUCUGACGACUCCGGUUCGGGGGGGUGUCAGCGCCAGGGGGAGCGCCUAGAAGCCGAAGGGAGCGAGGGAGACGUCAACGCUGUGAUGAAGAAGUACCUGCGCAAGGCUGAGGCAGACUGAGCGUCUGACUGUACCAAAGGCCUCGGUGAGCAAUUCCACACUUGGAGAGAAACCACCGAGCACCCUGUCAGCCUGCAAGCUGGAUGCGGACACAGGAGAUAUUUUAAAACUUGUUUAUACUCAAUAAAGAUCACAUAAAACCAGA